AUGACAUUCAACUUCAUGUCGAAGCUCACUCAACAAUCCCUACCUAUACUACCACUACUAGUUUUGGUUUUUGCCAGAAGUUUAGCUAAAGCUAGUGAUCUCAAAGAAACCCAAUUAGUCUUGUACUUCCAGGAUUUCACUGCAGGUCCAAAUACCUCAAGCAUACCAGUUGCAGGCAUCGCUGGAAAGCUGUGGACCUUCACUCAAUUCGGAACAAUUUAUGUCACCGAUGACACCAUGACCCAAGGACCGAACAUAACAUCUUCCGUAGUAGGACGGGCCCACGGCAUAACGGUGGCAUCGGCACUGGACGGAAGCAAUGCCCUUGUCUUGGUGUCUCGUGUUCACAAACAUGAAGUACAAUGGCAGCACUCUAGAGAUACAAGGAAACAGUAA